AUGGUCGAAACAAUCAAAAUCGAAACAACAACAAUACCAAUAACAACAACAACCAUAACAUCCUCCUCAUCCUACCUCUUCUUCCUCUUCCUCUGCCUAUGCUUCUCCUUCGUCGCCUUCUUCUCCACCUCCUUCCCGUCGCCCCACUCGUUGUCCCCAGACUGGCACGGUGAGCCCGCUCAUUCCGGCAGCCUGGAAUGUUCGUUCCCUUUUAGACAAUCCGAGGAGCAACCGACCGGAACGGAGGACGGCGCUAGAGGCACGAGAACUGGCGCGCUAGAAGGUGGACAUCGCCGCACUUAGCCAAACCCGAUUCUCCGAACAAGGCCAACUGGAGGAGGUGGGUGCCGGCUACACCUUCUUCUGGAGCGGUCGACCCAGGGCAGAGCGACGGGACGCGGGUGUCGCCUUCGCGAUUCGGAACGACAUCGUGGGACGACUGCCCUGUUUUUCGCAGGGCAUUAGCGAUCGCCUGAUGAGCCUCCGCCUGUCUCUCUGGGGAGGCAAAUUCGCCACCAUCAUCAGCGCCUACGCUCCUACGAUGACCAACCCCGACGCCGUCAGAGACAAAUUCUACGAGGACCUGCACGCCCUCUUGGCAACUGUGCCGAAGGCGGACAAGUUGAUUGUCCUUGGCGACUUCAACGCCCGCGUCGGCACAGACCAUAUUGUCUGGAGAGGAGUGCUGGGUUCCCACGGUCUCCGCGGCUCAAACGACAAUGGUCUGCUGCUUCUCUGCACAUGCGCAGAACACCGCCUCAUCCUGACGAUCACCUUCUUCUGUCUGCCGGAGCGAGAGAAGGUCAUCUGGAGGCAUCCUCGGUCGCGCCAGUGGCACCUGCUGGACUACGUCGUCGUCCGGAGGCGAGAUCAGCGGGACGUGCUGGUGACAAAGGCGAUCGCGGACGCUGACGCGUGGACCGACCAUCGCCUCGUCAUCUCGAAGAUGCGUAUUCGCCUACAGCCUCGCAGGAGAACUACAAGGUAAGCGACCCCCAGGUAUGCUGAAUGUUGCUUUGUUGUCUUUGCCCGCUCACCGUCUUCAUUUCAGCAAUAAGCUAGCUCAACGGCUAGACAACCUUCCAAUCGCUGCCGCCACCGACGACGCCACCGCUGCCGAGAACGCCUCCGUGGAGAACAACCGGUGUCAACUGCGAGACACGGGCCAGUCGACGGCGCUCGCCAUCCUCGGUCGCGCUCCCCGCCAACACCAGGACUGGUUCGACGACAACGACGCCGCCAUCAGAAACCUGCUUGCUGAGAAGAACCGCCUACACAAAGCCUACGUAGAUCACCCCACUGAUGCCACCAAAGCUGCAUUCUACCACAGUCGCCGCCAACUUCAGCAACGACUGCGCGAGAUGCAGGACGCCUGGACUGCUCGCAAAGCUGAGGAGGUCCAAGGAUACGCGGACCACAACGAAUGGAAGAACUUCUUCUCUGCGAUCAAAGCAUUCUAA